AACAAACCGUGAGACGAAGAGAUGAACUUAUUUCUAAAAUAAUUGUAUUUUGUGUAAUACAGGUAUAACAAUAUUUAUUUUUUAUUUUCUCUUUAUAUCUGGGGUUUGUUGAUAAACCGUGGUUGGUAUUAUUAAUUGGUGUUGUGUUGUCACGGUGGAGAAAGGUUGUCACUCCUGGCUGCUGUCAAAUCAAAUUUUGCUGAAAUUGUGAUAACCUGCAAGAUAUAAGUUGUAUUAAAUAAAAACUACUGUUGAACCUACAUACAUAAAAGCCCUAAUAAAAUUAUCUGAACACCUCAAAAUGACUUCACCUGGAACGGCAAUAGACUCUCUAAAUGCAGCCCUAAAAUGUAAUAUUAUACCAAAUCAAGAAUACUUAUUACAAGGCUCAGUAUUAGACCAAUAUGUUGAGGUUUUGCUCCAUCGUCUGAGAGGAUUGUGCGACAAUGUGGACAGUGGUCCAGAAUCAUUCCAUGAUCAUGAAUUGUACUUUGUCUUAAGGGCAACAAAUACAGGUGGCCCAAUGGUACUACCCCUGCGUGUUCGUCGAGCUCUAGAUGUGCCAGAUGCCCCAUGGCAAUUAAGAUAUGUGGGUCAACAAGAACUGGGUGAUAAAAAUAGGCCUACAGUCGUUAGGUCUAGUAUUGAUAUGGCGUGCAGUUCAACUAUUGUGGAGUUCCUAACUGAAUUAGGUUGCAGAGUGGAAUUUGAAUAUAUUGCAAGGGGGUAUAUGUUUCGGAAGGGUAGGAUGAAAAUUACUGUCUCAAAAAUUUUCAAAAUGGGAAAUAUUGCAAACAAGUCAGGUGAAGGAGUGGAGCCUAUUUCACAAAGUUACUUGGUGGAAUUGUCAGUGUUGGCACCAUCAGGACAGGAUGCUAUUGCCGAAGAUAUGAGAAUAUUUGCUGAACAGUUGAGGCCGUUGGUGCAACUUGAAAAGAUUGAUUAUAAACGUCUGGGAAACUUACCAUAGGUACAGUGGUUAUAGGUGUGAACAAAAAAGACUUAUUUAUAAAAAUAUAAAAUAUACUUAAGACAACUUUAAAA